AUGUUUCAGCGGCUUAUGCUAUGGGGUCUCGCCGUUGCUUUUGUGGUCACAGCAACGUCGGUCUCAGCUAAGAAUGCAACGACAGCAAGCACGACGUUCCCCACCAAGUCGGGCAUCCGAACGUGGGUCGAUCCCGAGACGCCUGAUGACCGUCAGACGUACAAGAGUUCGCGUGGACGGACGUGGGACUUGGUCAUGAGCGACGAGUUCAACACUCCCAACCGUAGCUUUCGACCGGGUGAUGACCACAUUUGGACGUCUCUAGAGAAACCCGAUGGUGUCAACGGUGCGCUCGAGUUGUAUUCACAUAACAUGACGUCUACAAUGUGCGACGACGACGGAACAUGUUACUUCUACAUUAAGGCUGUCGACGAAUUGAACGUGAUUCAUGUGUACAACAUGUACACGCACCCUCCAGGCUACGUGGACGCCUACUUCUUCUACCGAGCAGCGAUGGUCCAGUCCUGGAACAAAUUCUGCUUCCAAGGUGGCAUGCUCGAGGUGCGUGCACAGCUUCCAGGAGCUGUUUCUGAGGCGUCCGGAAACCCGGACCUGGCAUUAGGCAAAAACGGCAAGGUGAAGACGACCAAGUACUACCCGACGUGGCCCGGUAUCUGGAUGAUGGGGAACCUUGGUCGAGCUAUCUUUUCAGCGUCGACCAACCGAAUGUGGCCGUUUUCCUACGAUCGAUGCGAGCCGGACGUUUUCAACCCAGACAACCAGCGCAUCAGUGCGUGCGAUGAUAACCCGGGAUACGGUCUCAAUCCGAAUCAAGGUCGUGGUGCGCCUGAGAUCGAUCUGCUCGAAGGAGGUGGUCUUGCAGUAUCGUCUUCACUACAAAUUGCCCCUGGUAUGCCGGAUGAUUACCGUUUGUUCCCUGUGGACACGUCUACUGGAGACAACUUGUACUGCGUUUACGGUUAUAGCUGCACCACACCAGGUGCCAAUUACAUUGACGUCCCGACUGCAUUCUACAAGAAGGAACGUGGUCACAAAUCGUGGUAUCAAGGACUUCGCUAUGCUUCGAACAACUUUUGUCAGCAAGAUGCCGAUGCCAAGCAGAACUACGCCUCGGUGGCUGCGUCUCUCAAAAAGGGGAUUACUGAAAACUCUUGUACAGCAGCUACCUGUCCAGCUUCGGGAGAUGUGAACGCCGACAUCGGGUUGAUCGACGACAAGGGCGAGAACCACUGGGGGAUCAACACGAACGGCACGUGUUAUCCGCUUGUCAAUUCCUAUAUGGGUGCGUACUUGUGCGACCCCGACAACACGUUCUCCAAGUGUGCCCAGCCUCGUAACGAGAGCACGCCCAAGUCGAACGCCAUGAGUUCGUUCAACUAUCAAAUGGAUGCUAUUUCAUCGAAUUGGCCCGUACACCUCGGUGCGUACACUGACUACGUUGAAUACCAGAUCGAGUGGGUGACCGGUAAAAACGGCUACGUACGUUGGAUGCUCCAGGGCAGUCCGCUGUUCGAAGUCACGACGGACGCGUUCUCCAAUGUACCACAGAACUCGAACAAGACCAAUCCACAGAAGGUGAUGCUGGAAGAGCCUAUGUCCCUUAUUCUCAAUGUCGCGCUGUCAAGUUCGUGGGGUGCUACACCCCCGAAUGCCGGCAAAGAAUGCCGCGGUGACGGCACCGACGAAGAGACGAACCGGAUCUGUGACUCGUUCCCAAUGUACCUUAAGAUCGACUACAUGCGACUGUACCAGGACUUGGGUGAUGACCUUGACAAAGACAACUACAUGCAAGUCGGUUGUGAUCCUAAGAGCCACCCGACCAAGCAGUGGAUAGAUGCACAUAUCGACGAGUAUGAAGACGACGACAAUCGCCACAAAGACGUGGCCGGGAAGGCAUUCUGCACUGUCGACGAUGACUGUACGAUUGGUGGGAAUCUCGGUAAAACCGCCUUGAAGACGGGCAAGUGUGUCAAGAGGAGAUGUCAGUGCACCUACGCGUCGUCGUGGGGAGGACCGCGAUGUACAACGGCCAUCUCGAGCUCUACAAGCUCAAGCUCGAGUUCUGUGUCCAAGAGCUCCUAUGGUCCUCCCAUGGGACUCUCGAUCGGCUUGGCGGCUGUUAUUAUGUUCUUGUCUUUGAUCUCUGUGUAUUGGUCGAUUUUCAUUGUGGUGAAACCCAAGACCGAGAAGAAGGUUGAAAACAGUGGCGACAACCGGGUGAAGACAACCUACAUCAGCGAACAAGGUCAGCGGCGGCCAACAGAUAACUACAGCCAAAACUUCGUCUAAGCACUGGUAACGUUGAAUUGAACAAGCUAUGACAAUUCUUUC